AUGUUUCGGAUCCGCACUCGAGGCUCUCGCGGGUACCUCGAGUAUGUUAAACUAUCGACAAAAUAUGGCGAGCUUGUCCGCAUAGGCCCCAAUGACUUGAUCACGUCUGAUGUACAACUCAUCAGGCGCAUGUCAGCGGCUAAGUCAACUUAUGGACGGAGUAGCUGGUACAAAGCCACCCGGCUGGACCCGUAUCACGACAUGAUGGGCAGCGUACUCGAUAAGUCUGUUCAUCAUGCCUUGAGAACAAAACUGCAGCCGGGAUACCUGGGCAAGGACAUUCCUGGGUUGGAAGCCAGCAUUGAUUCUGGUAUAGCGGACUUGGUGAGCUUGAUUCGAAGAAGCUACGCCACCAAGUUGUCUUCGCGGGAAGCAGGAAAUGCAGAGAUCAUAGGACUUCCGGAGCAGACGGCUGUAGACUUUGGUCGACUCGCACAUUACUACGCCAUGGAUGCUCGCUCGAGGAUGUCGUUUGGACAGCCCCUUGGGCUUCUGCGGAAAGAUUCAGACGUCUUUGGAUUGGUUGCCAUGUCAAAUUUGGCCAUAGACGUCUUGCAGUUCUUUACGGAUAUUCCGCCGCUCCAACGUAUUUUUACAUCGGAUCUUGCUCUACGGCUGCUUGGUCCCAAAACGACAGACAAGAGUGGCUUUGGAAAGAUCAUGGGACUUGCCAAAGAACAUGUUGCCACUCGGUUUAGUCCUGACGGAAAAGAUGAGCCUGACUUACUUGGGUCAUUCAUACGUCGCGGUCUGGAUCAGCGCUCGGCGCAGUCCGAAAUCAUGUUUCCAAUGGUCGCUGGUUCCGACACAGCAGCAAAGGCCAUAAAAUGGACGAUGCACUAUAUACUUUCUGACCUCUCUGUGUAUGGGUCUCUUGUAAAAGAGAUUGAGGAUGCGGUGUCAGAAGGAAGGAUAUCAGACCCCAUCACGUAUCAAGAGGCCCAGAAACUGCCAUACCUUCAAGCAAUCAUAUACGAGUCCCUCCGUGUGAAACCCCCUUUUGCUGGUCUGGUAAUGAAACAGGUUGGGCCCGAGGGUGAUAUCUACAAUGGCAUCAAGCUGCCUGCAGGCACCAGAAUUGGGCACGACGUGACGUCGGCGACCCACGACAAAAGACUCUUUGGCCAAGAUGCUGAGGUAUUCCGACCUGAGCGGUGGCUUGAAGCCGAUGCUGAGACGGUUAAGUCGUGGAAGAAGCAGACUGAGCUCGUGUUUGGUGCUGGCCGAUGGCGAUGCACAGGCAAGUCUGUCGCUUUCUUGGAGUUGAACAAGAUAUUUGUCCAGCUCAUUCGGAACUUUGACUUCCAGUCUUCGGAUACUGAAAUGUUUGUAAAAAUCUCCGAUCGUGGGAAGGUGUACUAG